AUGCCUCAGAUCGAUUUCCACCCCAGCAGCGCUCAGCUACACCCCGCGAAGACCGGCCACCCGGCUACGGCGGUAUGGGAAAGCAGGCUCGUUCCGGCUCUACGGCGGAUGCUCGACCGCCUAUCCGUCACUCGGGCGGUCCUUCAUCUCGUCCGCAUCUCGCGUCCGAUCAAUAGUUCCAUGGACUGGGAGACAAAUUCGCUCACCGAGGUCAUCGUCUGGAUCGGGGUGGACACGGAUACCGCGCCCGAGCUGGCCAGCGAUCUGGUCGCUGGGACUCUAGCGGAGUUGCAAGCGCUGGAGCUCGACAAGGUCGAGUGCGAGGUGUUUACCUCCCGCACCAUCUCCUUGGCGGGUCCUCCUGUCUAUGCUGGACCUACCUUCCGGGAGGACGGCUUUCUUCCGGAUCGGGCUCAAGAAAUCGCUCGGCAAUUCGUAGUGGGCAUCGGUCUCGACAUUACCCCGCACGGCUCUCAGCUCCAGGGUACGGGUGGCGUAUUUGUCAAACUCGAGGGGCGCACCGGUAUCUAUCUCUUGACCUGUCAUCACCUCCUGGAUGAUGAUCCCGGCGCGGAGAGGCUCAUCGAUGGAUACCGGACAGGGACGGCGGUCAGCCUCUGCACGGACGCCAGCUUCAGCAAGCAUAUGGAUGACCUCGGCGAAGCACGUCGAUAUGCGGGAUCGGAGUUGGAGAGGAGCAAGGGGUGGAUGGAACGGGCGGACGGGGUCGCGGGUCGCCCGCGCCGUCGCAGCUUGGAUGCUAGGAUGGUUGAGCACGCAGAGAAGAACGUAUUGGAAGUGGACGCACUGCGGAGAGCACUUGAGACGGAGUGGGCGGGGUCGGACAACCGGAUCGUCGGGCAAGCGGUCUGCUAUUCUCCCGUCGAGGUGUCUGGCCAGGACGCUGGAUUGGGGGCUAGUGAAAAGGACGAGGCCAAGUUAGGGGACGUGCGGAAACCCAAUCGGAGCUUCCUCGACGGUCGUAGCCUGCCCGGUCUGGGCGAUGUUGUCCUCGAUCGCGAUUACUACGAAGACUGCGCCGUCCCCGUAACAGGCAUCGUCUCGAUAUGCGAGAUCGGUGAAACGCAAACUCGCGUAUUCAAGCGGGGCGCCGGAACCGGAUUGACAUCGGGCGUACUCAAUCCGGUGCGGUCCGUUCUACGGGAUCGUCGGAUGUGCGACGGCCAGAUGCAGGUGGUCGACACCUGGGAGAUUUGCGCCAUGGCAUGGUCGCGGCCUAACAAUACGUCCGGACACGAUCGUAACGAUUACGGGCCGUUCUGUGCGCCCGGGGAUUCGGGCUCGAUCGUCGUCCGAGUGGAUGGGCGCGCGAUCGGCAUGAUCUCUAGGGGUCUAGCCGGUUUCGAUAACAAGUACUAUGGGGACCGGUGCCAUAUCGCACUCGUGACUCCUAUCGACCUGAUCUUCGAAGACAUGGCGCGUCGGUACGGUCUAGUGGCGUCGCUGGCUUGA